GCCUCCCGCCUCCCGCCCCUUUGCUCCUUGCUCACUCUUCGGACCCAAGCCUCCUGCUGCCUGCUGCUGCCCCAAUCAACUCACCAAGAGACCUGCCUUACAACCAUCAUGACGACUACACCCCCUCCUGAGCAAGCGCUGUCCGACAUUGGCCUCUAUGGCUUGGCGGUCAUGGGGCAGAACUUCGCUCUCAACAUGGCCAGCCACGGCUUCAGCGUGUCCGUCUGCAACCGGUCUCCCGGGAAGGUCGACGCCACCGUCGAGCGUGCCAAGGAGGAGGGAGAUCUCCCCCUCGUCGGCUACAAGGAGCCGAAGGAGUUCAUCGAGUCCCUCGCCAAGCCCCGCAAGGUCGUCCUGCUCGUCCAGGCCGGCGCGGCGGUGGACGCCACCAUCGCCACCCUCUCCGAGUUCAUGGAGGAGGGGGACAUCCUGGUCGACUGCGGCAACGAGUGGUUCCCGAACUCGCAGCGCCGCGCGAAGGAGCUCGAGCCCAAGAAGAUCAUGUUCGUGGGCAUGGGCAUCUCCGGGGGGGAGGAGGGCGCCCGCAACGGCCCCUCGCUCAUGCCGGGCGGGCCUAAGGAGGCGUUCGACGCGCUUGCCCCCAUCAUCACCAAGUGCGCCGCCCAGGUGAACGACGGGCCUUGCACCACCUACCUUGGCAGCAUCGGCUCCGGCAACUACGUCAAGAUGGUGCACAACGGUGUCGAGUAUGGAGACAUGCAGCUCAUUGCCGAGGUGUACGACGUACUCAAGCACGUGGCUGGAAUGGACAAUGACGAGCUUGCUGCGACAUUCGGGGACUGGAACACGGGAGAACUGCAGAGCUUUUUGAUCGAGAUCACGGCGGUCAUCUUCUCCCGGAAGGACGAUCUGACGGACAGCGGGCACGUCGUGGACAAGAUUCUCGACAAGACCGGCAUGAAGGGCACGGGCCGGUGGACUAUCCAGGAGGCGGCCGAACGCAGCACCGCCGCGCCGACAAUGGCCGCGGCGCUCGACGCCCGCUACAUCAGCGGGCGCAAAGCCGAGCGCGUCGAAGCCGCCAAGACCCUCACGGGACCCACCGACAUCCCGAAGGUGUCCAAGGAGCAGCUGGUGGAGGACAUCAAGGCCGCCCUCUACUGCUCCAAGAUUUGCUCCUACGCGCAGGGCAUGAACCUCAUCAAGAGUGCGUCGAAUCACUUCGAGUGGGGGGUGGACCUCGGCGAGUGCGCCCGCAUCUGGAAGGGAGGGUGCAUCAUCCGAGCGGCCUUCCUCGACGACAUCAAGCGCGCCUACGUCCGCGACCCGGAGCUCGACAACCUCCUCGUCGACCCAGACUUCACGGCGCAGAUCCUGGAGCGCCAGGCGUCCUGGCGGCGCGUGGUGACGCUGUGCGUUGCCAGCGGGAUCGCCGCUCCGGCCAUGACCGCUUCCCUCUCCUACUUCGACUCCUACCGCCGCGCCCGCUUGCCGGCUAACUUGGUCCAGGCCCAGCGCGACUUCUUCGGGGCGCACACCUACGAGCGCGUCGACAAGGAGGGAACGUUCCACUGCCUCUGGGACGACACCCACAAGGAUAUCGGGGACGUUACCGGUAGAAUCGCGGGCGAGCUGUAGUGUGAGCCGCUUGCCGCCAUUCUGUGUACCUGUCUGUUUUUGUGUCAUGGUGGGACAGAGGGCAAGCAGUACCCGGUAGUAGUGUCUCGCCUGCCUGCGCUGCUGUCGUUGUUUGGAUAUUUCUUUGCACAUAGUUGUUUUUAUUCGGAGAUUUUGUUGACAUUACCUGGUUGUGUGGAGGAUGAGAUAGGGAUUCAUGUUAUGGCGGGCUCUAUCGCACAGGCGGACGAGUGUUAGCGUACCGCGGUGUGACUUUUGGUCUACCUGGAAGAUUUUGGAGCGCCUGCUGUGUUGGUUGCAUUUUCUUCGCUUGCAAGAAGAUGUCCCUGCUGGUGGAUUGUCUUUCCCUACCUGGUGCGAUUGAGUGCGCCAUCAGCCGGCACGAUCAUAUGACCCGAAUUCGACCUUAUUUCUGUGGCGUCGAACUUGCUAGCUAUGCGCAACGCACCGGUCCGAUCACGAGAAGAGUACCUAUUUUGGAGUCUUGCGUUGUUCUGAGGGUAAAGCCCAGCGGAUCGAAUUCGAGCGAGUCUUGAGAGGCUCUCAAGCAUCGUUUAAUGUGACACAUAACGCGCCGUGUGGUCCCGGAUGGAGUGUGUCACCGAAAUGAACGACUACACACGGGUUUUGUGUGUGGACAUCUAGCUGACGCGCGUAGGGCUUGUGCAUGGCCAGCGGAAGUGUAACAUGUGUUGAAGAUGGAAAUUUACAAGUCUCGCACUUUGUAAUUCCUG